AUGGCGGCAGGAGUGGCUGCAUGGCUUCCCUUUGCACGGGCAGCAGCUAUUGGCUGGAUGCCUGUGGCCAACUGCCCCAUGCCCACUGCUCCUAGAGACCACAGAAAGAGACAUGACGAGCUGAUCAUCCUGAAUGUGAGUGGACGACGCUUCCAGACCUGGAGGACCACACUGGACCGCUACCCAGACACCCUGUUGGGAAGCUCGGAGAAACAGUUUUUUUACGAUGAGGAGACAAAGGAGUAUUUUUUCGACCGGGACCCAGACUCAUUCCGCAGCAUUCUCAACUUCUACCGGACAGGAAAGUUGCACUAUCCUCGCUACGAGUGCAUCUCGGCCUAUGACGAAGAGUUAACUUUCUUCGGCAUCAUUCCGGAGAUCAUCGGCGACUGCUGCUACGAAGAGUACAAGGACCGGAAGCGGGAGAACGCGGAGCGUCUCCAGGAUGACCAGGAUGACAACAAGGACUGCAAGCUGCCCAACAUGACAUACAGAGAGACAAUGUGGAGGGCCUUUGAGAACCCUCACACCUCCACCAUGGCCCUGGUGUUCUACUACGUCACCGGCUUCUUCAUCGCCAUCUCAGUCCUCACCAAUGUGAUAGAGACGGUACCUUGCGGUGCCACGCCUUCACAGAAGGACAUGCCGUGUGGUGAGCGCUAUACCAUUGCCUUCUUCUGCAUGGACACAGCCUGCGUCCUCAUCUUCACCGUGGAGUACCUCAUGAGACUGUUCGCCGCACCCAGCCGCUACCAAUUUAUGCGCAGUGUGAUGAGCAUCAUCGACGUGGUAGCCAUCUUUCCCUACUACAUCGGCCUGGUGAUGACAGACAAUGAGGAUGUGAGCGGGGCCUUCGUCACGCUCCGAGUGUUCCGUGUGUUCCGCAUCUUCAAGUUCUCCCGCCACUCGCAGGGCCUCAGGAUCCUGGGGUACACGCUGAAGAGCUGCGCCUCCGAGCUGGGCUUCCUCCUCUUCUCCCUCACCAUGGCCAUCAUUAUCUUCGCCACGGUCAUGUUCUACGCAGAGAAGGGGUCGUCGUCGACCAAGUUCACCAGCAUUCCAGCCUCCUUCUGGUACACCAUUGUCACAAUGACCACGUUGGGUUACGGGGACAUGGUGCCCAAGACGAUCGCGGGGAAGAUCUUUGGUUCUAUCUGUUCUCUGAGCGGGGUGCUGGUAAUCGCCCUGCCUGUUCCCGUCAUCGUGUCCAACUUUAGCCGAAUCUAUCACCAGAACCAGAGAGCUGACAAACGGCGUGCGCAGAAGAAAGCCAGACUGGCCCGGAUAAGAAUAGCCCAGACGGGCAGCUCCUGCACGGGCUUCUUCCAGAGCAAACGCAACGACCUCCUCAACGAACUGCUGGAGCUCACGGGGUCAGAGGAAGAGGAACAGCAGCACAACAAGAGCAUAUCGUUAUUAGAGAGUCAACACCACCACCUAUUGCACUGUCUGGAGAAGACAACUGCCCAUGAGUUUGUGGAUGAGCAGCUGUAUGAGCAGAACUGCCUGGAGACCACAAUCCAGAGCUACACCUCCCGCAGCCCCUCCUUCUCCAGCCAGGACGGGCCCAUAGGCACCUGCUGUACUCGCCGGGGGAAGAUGAACUCCCCCCUACCCAACUCCAGCCUGCCCCUCCAGCCCAGCCAUCAGCAGGGCGCACUACAGGAGCUUAGCGCCCUGCACAUCCAGUGUGGGGAUAAGCUGCCCCAUACCACCAGUCGCUCCAGUCUCAACAUGAAGACAGACGAGGUGGGACCGAUCAACUGCAAGGGCAGUCAGAUCACCACGGCGAUCAUCAGCAUCCCCACGGCCCCCUCCGACACCACUGACGGGGGCGGUCUCCACGGACCCCCCCAGCGCAGACCCCCCCCACCCCCCACCGGCCCACAGGCCCCCAGCAUCAACACCACCGCCAGCUCCAAUGUCAUCAAAGUAUCCGCUCUGUGA